AUGGAUCCGGCUCUUCGAUCUCAUUACCUCGCCGACCACCCUCCCACCGUCGUUCAGUUGGAGAUCGCUCCUCAUUUUGCCGCCCUCUCGUCUAAACAGAAACGCUAUGCACAUCAUCUGAGUCGGGCUUCCUUUUAUGGGACUCGAGUGACCUUGGCCCAGGUGUCUCCUGAGUCGCCCGUCAUCUACGAUCUAAUCCUUGCACUGCACCGUGCCUGCGGCGGUGACUACAAGAAACUAUCUAAUGACACGGCCGUGUCCUCCUCCGAGAUCACACUAUGGCUGGAAUACUCUGCCCAGUUCCUCGGGAACUGCGGCAAUUACAAGGGAUUCGGUGACUCCAAGUUCAUUCCGAGGAUUGCACCUGAAUCUCUUGAGAAGCUCUGUGGAGUCAACGAGGAGUGCAAGAGCCUCCACGACAAGGCCGUAAAGACUGGAGGAGGCAUCUACGAGACGAAGGAUGAGGCUUUGAUGCAUCUCGGGUAUCCAGAGGCUGGACAUAUGACAAACUACUACCCAGAUUCACCGACAAUUACAAAAGAAGAGAUCACCAUCGUUGGGGAUGUCCUGGAGGAGAAGAAGCUGCUGAUAGAGAACACCCGUCUGCGGAAAUUGGAGUCGGGAAACUUUGAACUUUUGAUUGCGUCGGGCGUCAGCAACCCGCCGGCCGAGGAAAGAGAUCUGGGUGAUGUGUCGUCAAUCCCCUUGACUGGCAAGCUGGCUGGAAAGACGUUAAGCCUCGUCUUCGGGGAUUACCAGAAUGAAAUGUCAAAGAUUGCGCUGGAAUUCAAGAAGGCACGGAAAGAGGCGGCCAACGAGGUUGAAGAGAAGAUGCUCGAUGAGUACGCCAGGUCUUUCGGGACUGGAAGUAUCCAAGCCUUUGUGGAAUCACAACGCUACUGGAUCAAAAACAAAAAGCCUAUCGUUGAGACAGACAUCGGCUUCAUCGAAACCUACCGAGACCCUCAUGGAGUGCGCGGCGAAUGGGAAGGCUUUGUCGCAUUCGUCAAUCAAGAGAGAACACGAGCAUUUGGCAAAUUAGUCGAUGCCGCUCCAAGUAUGAUCCCCAAGCUGCCAUGGGGAGAGGAGUUUGAAAAAGACAAGUUUUUGAGCCCAGACUUCACUUCGCUGGAGGUUUUGACCUUUGCCGGCAGCGGCAUUCCAGCUGGAAUCAACAUUCCCAACUAUGAUUUCAUUCGCCAGAACGAGGGCUUCAAGAACGUCAGUCUUGGAAAUGUGCUGAGUGCCAAAGCACCAAAUGAGCCGAUUCCGUUCAUCCGCAAGGAAGACGAUCAGAUAUAUCGCACCUACCGGGAUCCCGCCUUUGAGGUCCAGGUAGGCAUCCACGAGCUCCUCGGACACGGCUGUGGCAAGUUACUCCAGGAGACCGCUCCUGGCGAGUUCAAUUUUGAUUUCCAGCAUCCCCCGAUCAGCCCCGUGACCAAGAAACCCAUUACUACCUGGUACAAGCCCGGACAGACCUGGUCGAGUGUGUUUGGCUCGAUCGCCUCAUCGUACGAAGAAUGUCGAGCGGAGUGCGUGGCCAUGGCUCUUUCGUGCGACUUUGAGAUCCUCAAGAUCUUUGGCUUCGGUGACGGUACUCAAGAGAUUGGCAACGAAGCUGGCGAUGUUCUCUAUGUGGCGUACCUGCAAAUGGCUCGAGCCGGUGUGGCUGCUCUGGAGUACUGGGAUCCCAAGUCUCGGAAAUGGGGACAAGCACACAUGCAAGCCCGCUACUCGAUCCUUCGCACCUUCAUGGAUGCCGGUGGCAAUUUCUGCGAGAUCAAGGCUGUGAAUGGAGACCUGGACCAUCCCGAUGAUCUGGAGAUAUUCCUGGAUCGGAGCAAGAUUCUCUCCCACGGCCGGCCCGCCGUAGAGGCAUAUCUUCAGAAACUCCACAUCUACAAAGCCACGGCGGAUUUCGAAGCAGGGAAACAGCUGUAUGACACCAUCACCAGUGUCGACGGGUGGUGGGCAGAGAAAGCGAGGCCUAUUGUGCUCAAGAAGAAGACACCGCGGAAGGUGUUUGUGCAAGCCAAUACUGUCUUGGAUGAGGACAGUGGCGAGGUCGAGUUGGUCGAAUACGAGCCUACCCUUGAGGGCAUGGUGAAGAGUUACUUUGAUCGAGAUGUGUAG